GAUUGAUGUAGACGCGACAUGACGCGCCAGGUCGCCCAAGCCCUUUCAACAUCCCAGAGUGCUCAAAAUGCCGCGGAAAUCAGCAUCGCCAAAGCGCAAGCGUUAUUCAAUGCCCGUCGCAGGCGACACGACCCUCGAACGCAUCGACGAGCACGAGAGCGGUGCAGCACCAGAAGAGACACAACCGAAGAAGCGCGGCAGACCGAAGAAAGCAGCGCUAGGCGAUACUCUAGAGCAACCAGUAGAAGCAGAAACGGAGACAGGAGCACCAAAUGAAGCGCCACGACGGAAACGAGGACGUCCCUCGCUUGAAGAACAGUCUCGACACGUACAAGACGAACCUUCGGAAGAGCGCCCACGCAAAAGGGGGCGGCCGCCACAUAGAAGGGAACAACCUGCAACAGACGAUGCCAAGCCGAGAAGGAAGCGUGGGCGACCGUCACUCGGCGAGAAGAGCCACAGCGAACUGAACGAGGAUGUCGGCGCAGUUGAUCAGUCCGCGGGAAACAAUGCACUCGAAGUCGAAUUGACCCCUGAAACAACUAAAUCCAGGAGAGGCCGCCCAAAGAAGGCUCUUCCGACGCAGUCCCGAGACGAAGAAGCUGUCCUGGAGCAAGAAGAGGACCAUCGCGACUCGACGACUGCAUCGCGGCAGAGGCAAAGCAGACACCAAGAGCCAGCACAUGAAGAACCCGAGCAGUCCCAAGAAGAAGAAGAAGGGCACCCUGCGGCUGCGACUCGCAAGAGGGGCCAACGGAAGAAGGCCACGAGGCAAGCAGAGGAAGAGGGUGAACGACAAGAGGGCAGCCCUCCGCCCGCGAAGCGAAAGCGCGGCCGUCCCUCACUGAACGCUGCCGAGGAACCUUCAUCAACAAGCCAUGCCACGACCUCAAAACCAACCAGCAAGCCAGUCGAGGAGCAACAGCCCAGCGGUGACGCGCAAUCCCUGGAAGAGAACCUGGCCAUUGUGCGGCACUACAACGACAUCCUCCCCCGAUCCCACCCCCGCCUCGUGCCCAAGGACCGCACUCUCUCCAAGGCGGAGAUUGAUGAGAAAUGGGCGCCUCUUGCCGGCCCGGCGCUGGAGGCAGCCACUGAGCUGCUGGUCCCCGCAGGCCAUGCGACAAUCAACGCACUGCCCCUCGGCACAACGAGGCGGAAACAUACGGAAGCGGCUGUUGCGGGGAUCCAGAGACGUCUGAUGGCGUACACCAGCAGAAUGCCCUUCCCGCCGUCGUCGUCCGGGAUGCGCCGCAAGGCAAAGAAGCGGGGUGGCCUGCCGGAGGAGUACGAGACCGAGUUUGACUACGAGUAUGUGUACGACAGGACGACCAACCUGCAGGCCCAGCUCGACGCCGCGCAGUGCGCGGUGGAGGUGCUGCAGCGGGAGAGGGACAAGGAGGAGCGGGCGCUGGAGCGCGACUACAAAGUCCUGCAGAGCCUCGAGGCGAGUGCGAAGGCAGAGAAGAGAGACGCGAGAGAGAUGAUCAAGAAGGCGCAUGUCCUUGCGCCGGACAGUCGGAGGGCGGUGGAGGACGAGUAUGGCUUGGUGGUCGACGGGAAAACCCAGCCAUCUCUGCAGAAUCUGGAGGAUGAGGAGGUCAAAGAGCUGGCCAUGCAGUUGAGCGGACACAUGGACAGCAUCCGGACGAACAUGGCGCAGCUCGAUGGGCUGUCACCGCAGCUGGAACGGAGCAGUGCCGCGUUGAGGAGUGUCCUGGCGCGACACCUCAGCGCCGAGGAGUAUCACAGGGUGUUAUUUAACUAAAGCAUGGCAGCACUUUUUUGCAAGCGAGGCGUUUCUGGUGUUUGACUGUUCUCUAGCUGCGAUGAAAGGGCACGCACGGCGAAACGACACCGAUUUAUCAUACCACAAGCAGAGUGCAAUCACAAUGGAGACUAUUCGACCCUGGUGGUCCCUUGGAUGCAGAUGUCAUGAUCGUUUCAUCAUCA